AGAGAGGGAGGGAUGGGAGAAGAAGAGUAUUUAUGCAGGUGCAUUUCUGAUGAUUGCAGCUGAUGACUCUGACUUCAGCGAUGGCUUUCUACAAAGUGAUCUGUGUGGCGACUCUGCUGACUCUCCUGUCACAAGAGUCUCACUCACAACUAAGUGUGUGUGGUCGACCUACAUUCAAAACCAGGAUUGUUGGAGGGCAGGUGGCCACUCCAGGCAGCUGGCCCUGGCAGGCCAGUCUGCAAAACUCUGGGUCCCACUUCUGUGGAGGAACCCUCAUUAACAAUCAAUGGGUGCUGACUGCUGUUCAGUGCUGCUCAAGUCCAGGCGUAAGCACGAGCACCCUGGUUGUGUCUCUGGGUCUCCAAAGUCUACAGGGAUCAAACCCCAAUAAAGUGUCUCGCACAGUAUCACAGAUCAUCGUUCAUCCCAACUUUAACGCUGUAACUUUUGACAACGACAUCUGCCUCCUGAAGCUCUCCUCACCCGUGACUUUCACCGCCUACAUUCAGCCCGUCUGUCUGGCAGCCACAGGCAGCACCUUCUACAAGGGGACUGUCUCCUGGUCAACCGGCUGGGGCAAUGUUGGAACUGGAGUGUCCCCUCCUUUCCCACAAAACCUAAUGGAGGUGCAGAAACCGAUUGUGGGGAACAGAGAGUGUAACUGUAACUACAGAGUGGGUACGAUCACAGACAACGUGAUCUGCGCCGGGUUAACUGCUGGAGGAAAAGGCAUCUGUCACGGGGAUUCAGGAGGUCCGCUGGUGAGCAAGCAGGGCAGUCGCUGGAUCCAGGCGGGAAUUGUGACUUUUACCAGUAGCAAGGGCUGUGCCCAGCCUAAUAUCCCAUCAGGCUACACCCGAGUGUCCCAGUAUCAGUCCUGGAUCAAUAGCCAGAUCACCAGCAACCAGCCAGGCUUCAUCACCUUUACAUCCACUGGGACUGACGGUGACCUCAGCAUUACCUGCCCUGGCCUGCCACUAUCAAUACCCCAAGUGUGUGGUCAGCCAACACUCAACACCAAGAUUGUUGGAGGACAGGUGGCCUCUGUAGGCAGCUGGCCCUGGCAGGCCAGUCUGCAAACCUCUGGCUCCCACUUCUGUGGAGGAACCCUCAUCAACAAUGACUGGGUGCUGACUGCUGCUCACUGCUGUGCAAGUACAGGCAUCACCACGAGCACUCUGACCGUGGUUCUUGGUCUCCGGAGUCUACAGGGAUCAAACCGCAAUCAAGCGUCUCGGUCAGUCUCACAGAUCAUCAUUCAUCCCAACUAUAACAUCAUAAAUUUGGAAAACGACAUCUGCCUCCUGAAGCUCUCCUCACCGGUGGCUUUCACCACCUACAUCCAGCCCGUCUGCCUGGCGGCACCAGGCAGCACCUUCUACAAGGGAACUCUCUCCUGGGCCACCGGCUGGGGCGAUGUUGGAUUUGGAGUGUCCCUUCCUUACCCAGGAAACCUAAUGGAGGUCCAGUUGCCGAUUGUGGGGAACAGAGAGUGCAGCUGUACCUAUGGAUUGAGCAUAAUCACAAAAAACAGGAUGUGCACCGGGUUCAGUGCUGGAGGAAAGGACAUCUGUCAUGGGGAUGGAGGAGGUCCGCUGGUGAGCAAGCAGGGCGGUCGCUGGAUCCAGGAAGGAAUCAUGAGUUUUACCAGUAGUCUGGGCUGUGCCCUGCCUAAUUUCCCAUCAGGCUACACCAGAGUGUCCCAGUAUCAGUCCUGGAUCAACAGUCAGAUCACCAACUUCCAGCCAGGCUACUACACCUACAAGUCCACUGGGACUGAUGGUGACCUCAGCGUUACCUGUACACCACCAAAAAACACACCCUAAUGGUGAUCUGGCAGUGAGCAGAGCGGCUCUUGAUUCCAGGCAGCAGUGUUAUGUGUUUGAAACAAUGGCACCAACAACGCCACCUUCCUGGCUCAGACAUUGGAGACUCCAGCAGCACGACCAUCAUCAACCACAGCACCAGCACAGCUGCCAGCAACCUACCAACUACCAGUGGGGGCGCUCCUGCUCACUCCCCCUUCUUCUUCUUCCAUCUCCACAUUUUCUCUGUGUGAGAGAAUCUGAAUGGCAUCUGCUUUCUCUCUAAAAUGAAGAGUAUAGAAUGAAUAAAUGAAUGAAAAUGAAUUGUUUAAGCAGCACCGAACAAAUGUAGGUAUAUGUAUCCUGGCGUACCAGCGUGUCAUGGUUUUUGAACGAUCCCGAUGUUAUGCAAAGACAAAUUGAUAAUUUGUCAUUUACAUAAAACUUCCCCCUCAAAUAAGUGAAAACAGGAUGGUGUUUAUUGAUUACAUUGCAGAUAGGAUUAAACUAAUGCUGUCAUUGAAUUUCCUACAGUCGUUAACAAAUGGAUUGAAAAAUGUCAGUGUCAAUUUUAAGUCUUGUCAAGCUUUCUCAUGGCAAACAACUGUCCUGUAGAUGUGAAAGUGCUGAACUAUUAACCCCUUUGACUUUUAUUAUCAUGAUAACCUGCUUUUUAAUUAAGGGAAAUCUUCUCUGUCGGCUUUGUGCACAUGUAUGAACUCAUUGCAGUCUAAUCCAAAUGUCCUGCAGUAAAUCCUCCUUCAUCAUGGUAAAUAAUCUGUUUGUGUUGAAACUGUUUGUGUCCAACUAUUUUUGGAUGAUGUAUGACCUCUAGUGGUUGUAAGACGUAACAAAGGAGGAAAUCAAAUUAAAACAUUUUUGUAAUUAAAGCUUUUUGUGGUCACAAUGAUAAAAACUGCACAUUUAAAAUCGGA